UGCUUUUGUACUUCGUGUUCUCCAUCAACACCAGUGCCACGAGAUUGCACUUGAGCAUUGAGGCAAAAUGGCUUUCAUGUUACGGCGACCAUUUGCCAUCACAGCGACUAUCAAGCAGGUGCCAAAGGCAUCACAAUCUACUUCCAUUCGCUUCUUUCACAGCACGCCACUGAAGCAGCAGCCGAACUUCCUCAAAAGCACGAUCAGCACACAACCUGCGCUUUUGUCCAGAUCUAGAAAUGUAUUUCAGGCGACAUUUAGAAGACAUUACACACCGCAGGCGUCGAUAAAUCCCACGGCUACCGGUGACAUCCGACAGCGCUUGCUCUACGGCGCAGGAAUAUUCGGCGGCACCUUACUCGCGAUCAACCUGAUUUUCAAUCGCGAAACUCGAGAAGAUGGUGGAAUGCCUCCCUUCGAGCGCAAAUACCUUAAUGAGACAUUCAUGCACACCGGUUUGGGGCUCGGCAUCAUUGCCAUUGCAGCUAGACAAUUGCAUGCCAAUGGAUGGAGCUACAGGUUGAUGGCAGCCAACCCAUGGCUUGUCUUUGGUGUAGGCCUUGUAGGAUCUAUUGGCACAAUGUACGCGACAAUGGCGACGAAUCCGGACAACUACGUGCAAAAGUACGCAUUGUGGGGUGCCUUCAAUCUCACUCAAGCGGCCUUGUUGUCCCCACUGUUGUUUCUACAACCGGCCCUACUGGCUCGCGCUGGUUUGUACACGGUUGGCAUGAUGGGCUCCAUUGCCUUUGUUGGGGCUACUGCGAAGCAAGAGAAGUACCUUUACCUUGGUGCGCCGCUCCUUGGUGGCGUAGCCAUCGUUGCUUUGAGCGGCCUCGCCCCCCUCGUUUUGCCUGUUACGGCCGUCAGAACCCUUGCAUUUACUGAAAAUCUCUGGCUCUAUGGUGGUCUUGCUGUCUUUGGCGGGUUUACCCUUUAUGAUGUGCAGCGUAUUCUGCAUCGAGCCAGACUAGCGGAGCGUGGAUUGCUCAAACGGGAUGCAGUAAACGAGAGCAUUCACCUAGAAUUGGAUUUCAUCAACAUUUUUGUCAGACUGGUUCAGAUUCUGGGGAUGCAACAGAGGAAGAAAUAGGGGGAAAGAUAAUUUCAUACAAUAUGGAUGAUAUUUAGCAGACAAGGCGUGAGGCGCGAGAUUUUGAUGGUUGUUGACGACAAGGAAUGCAUGGUGUUCUAGCCAUACUGUAUCAAUUGGAAUAAUCUGUCGCAAAAUGAAAAUCUAUUCUCUACAGA